AUGGGGCAAUUUGUUACCAAGGUGAAGUCCAUCGAGGAAGGAAUUAGCAAAUCUGCUACAUCUUCUUCAACCGAGACAACAACUACGAAGGUCGUGAAUACCACAUUAUCUUCUGCAUCAAACAUUACAAAGAUAUUACCCACUGGAAUUUUGUUUGUAUUUCAGGCUCUCUCCAACCUUCUUUCCGAUAAUGGAGACUGCCAAAAAUCCAACAAGGUUCUGGUUGGAAUAGCUGUGGAUUCUUCCACAGGCAAAGUUCACUACGGGAUUGCUACCCUUAAUGGUUUAGCCACUGGUAGUAAAGUGAAGCCUUCUAAUGAAUCAAAUUAUAAGAUCAAGCUCAAGGAUUUGUUCCAUGCAGCUUUGGCGGUUGUGGUGUUUAUUGUGAUGGCCCUAACAGAUCAAAACAUUGUGCAGUGUUUGUAUCCCUCUGCUGAAAGCAAUAUAAAGAAGAUAUAUAAAGCUCUCCCUGUUGUUGUGAGUGCACUGAGCAGUGUGAUAUUGAUUUUCCGUCCUUCCAAUCGCCAAGGAAUCAGCAGUCCCGUUAGCACUACAACUUCUACAACAACAUGA